GAAAGGUGACGUAGUAUAGCAUGCCGUUAGUUGAUAGGGUUGAUAGCAUGCGAUAAUUGAGGUGGCGCUUAAAUCAGUUUCUGUUCGGCCUAAUUUUCGAUGAAACGUUGACUGUUUUACCGACGCGGAAUUCGACGCUCGCAUCACCUUAAUUAUUAUUGGAAACGGAAUAUUAAUUACACAGUAUAUAAAAUAGUGAAAGAAUGUCACUGGAUACAAUCUGUUCGGACACCGAAUUGCGGAAAUUAAGGCUUCGAGAAUUGUAUACGCUUGGACAGAUAUUAAAUCUAUCAGAUUCAUGGAAAAAAUUAAUGGCAAUUGUACCAAAAGAUGGAACAUCUAAUCUUCCAAAAUUUACUUCUGAACAUUUUAGUUUAAUUGAGCAAGCCUCACAACAACAGAAAAGAAAUGCAGCUGAAAUAUUUUUAUCAGAAUGGGGAACAAUGGGUAAGAAGAGACCAACAUUGGGUACUUUGUUAAAUCUUUUGGUAAAAGCAGAAUUGUUUAGAGCUGCCGAUUAUGUAGCUGAGGAUAUACUAAAAGAGGAACCUCCAAAACGCCCAAAAUCUGGACCUGCAGCCCCUGUGAAUAUUUCAGAUGAAGAUAUAAAAAGACAAUUAGAAGAAGAAGAAGAAGAAUUACAUGAAAUUUGUACAUUCCAAUUACCUUCUAAAAAUAAUGACAAUAAAGACAUCAAUCCUCGUGCAAUGGAUAAACAGAUGAAUAAUAGUUCUUUAGAAAGAAAUAUGCAAUCUACAAAAUUAAUUUCUAUAAAAGAGAAACAUAAUAAAGAAAAUGGAGAAAUUGGUCUUCAACAAAAGCCGAUAGAAGUAUCAUCGAGUAAAGAAGUUUCUGACUUAAUAAAAUUUGAAACAGAACAGAGUCUAGACGCAGUACCAUCAGUACUACCUUUAAAUAUACCUAAUGCAAACAAUUUACAACCUGGUUUUGGGAACCAAGAAAUGCCAUCGCGCGAAUUACCUAUAUCUUUACGUGAAUUUGAACAGACAGAACAAGCAAGAUUCAAUCGGGAAAUGCUCUCUAAUGAACUUCCAAUUUUUGUAAAUAAUCGUACGAAUUUAUCAAAUACUAGUUUAACAAUAAGUAAAGAUCAAACAAGUGAAACAUUAUACGAAAUGACUUCUACUGAAUUACCUCAAUGUAUCGUCGAGCUUCAAAAAAAUUCUGCAACUAACAAGGAUGACACUUCUGGCAUAAAGAACAAUGAAAACAUACAACAGAAUAUGUUAAGUUCCCACGAAUUACCAGUUGUGGUUUUGGAAUAUAAUAAAUAAGCCAGUUAAUUGUAUUCAA